AUGGGUUCCCCAAUUGAAAAUCCGUGGAUUCAAAGCUCAAGGCCAAACCAACCCAAUGUAAUCACAUUGUUCCUUGAGCCAAUUAACGAUACUUUCCAACCAAAGCGAUUAACUUUGGUUGAAGGUGGUAGCAUUAAAAUUGGUCGUAUGACCAACAAAGGAACGACACCAACAGAGUCAAAUGGCUAUUUCGACAGCAAGGUAUUAUCCAGGAACCAUGCUGAAGUCAAUUAUCAUAAUAAUCAAGUUUUCAUUAAAGACCUGAAAUCCAGUAACGGCACAUUCAUAAAUGGCAAGAGGUUAAGUGCCGAGGGUAAGGAGAGUAACCCUAUCGAGCUCAGACAUGGUGACGAUUUGGAAUUUGGAGUUGACAUCAUUAACGAGCAAGACAAGAAAUUGUUAUUCCGUAAAGUUGCUGCAAAGGUUUGCCUCUCACAACCCGGAGGUAACAUUUAUGAUCCUGUCAUUACAGGAGUGGAGCAUCACAAGAUUACGAAUGGACAUACGAACAAUAAGCGACGUGGAGUUAAUUCUUUGUUUGCAAUGUUGGAGGCUGAAUUGGAAAAUGCACGCUCUGAGUCGCAAUAUCUCGCAGAAAUCGGUAGCAUGCUUAAUGAUGCAAAUAAUACAGUAGAUGCAAGAAGCAAACGGACACCUUCCGACAAGGUAAUAGAUUUUCGAUUCUAUGAAGAAUCUCGCGCCAUGCUUGAGGAAGCACGAAUUAAACUUAGGGAAACAGAAGUGGAGUUAAAUAAAGCGAUAUUUGCUAAAAUGGAUUAUAAAGAAAAAUUUAUGGUUUCCGAAAAAAACUUUAUUGAAUUAAAACAAAGAUACAUUGUUUCUGAGAAUAGGGUUACUGAUCUGGAACAAAGAUACACGUCAUCCGAAAAGAAAAUCGGAGAGUUGGAACAAACGUGCACGGCUUCCGAACAAAAAUGUAAAGAGUCAAAUCAGAAAGUGAUUGAGCUUGAGGAUAAGUGCAGAGUGUCUGAAUCGAAGAUUCACAUUCUUGAGGACGCCUUACAAAGCACAGUUAACGCUCAAUCAAAAUCUUGUAAAUUUGAUGAUUUAGAGGAACGACUUACAAAGGCUACAAAGGAACUAUCAGACACCCAGUUUACUCUUGACAAGACUCGUGAUCAACUCAAUAAGUCCGAAAAAGAGCUUCAUGCUUCGCAGAAGAAAUAUAACGAUGCUAAGAAAACUAUUAAGGAUCUUCGUUCCGGUGAAGAUUCAUUCGAACACCGAAAUGAAGAGAAACUUUCACUCUUAUCUCGCAUACAAUCUUUCGAAGAAGCAUCCAAGAAAAGUGAUUCCGAAUUUAGCAUUCUUCGGGAACAACUAAAGAAAGCUGAAUCUCUCAACAAGAUUUUAAAAGAGGAAGUAGAAAAUUUACAAGAACAAUUCGAGAUGAGAGUGGAAGAAGAAAUAUCCCGACGAUUAAGCUCUUCUCAAGGAGGAUUGUGGCGCCGCCACAAGAAGCAGGAGUCUGAGCCUGUUAAAGAAGGCGAAAUGACCGACGAACGUGCGAUCGAAAGUAUGAUUUUCGAUGAUAAAAAGUCCAACAAGAAGUCUAAAAAAUCCAUCUUAAUUAAGGGAUCAAUUGGUAUCGUAGUUCUUGGAAUUGGCACUUGGUGUCUUUCCAAAUUUUAUUCUUGA